AUGGUGAGUGAAGAUGUGGAUCCUCGGCAAAAGUUGUUCUUGGAGAACUUGAGGGGAGAUGGAGGGUCAUAUGCAUUAGAGGUUGUUCAAGAGGAUGGGGUUUCGGAACUGAUAAGCUAUCAUCAAGAGGAUGGCUUGGGAAGGCGGAUUGUGAGAAGAUGCAUUUCGGAUGAAGAUGUGGAUCAUCGGUAUAAGUUGUUCAUGGAAAAUUUGAGGGAGGAUGAGAAUUCAUAUGCAUUGGAAGUUGUUCAAGAGGAUGGGGUUUUAGAACUGAUAUGGUAUCAUCAAGAUGAUGGCUUGGGAAGGUGGAUUGUGAGAAGAUGCAUUUCGGAUGCAGAUGUGGAUGCUCAGUAUAAGUUGUUCUUGGAAAAUUUGAGGGAGGAUGGAAAUUCUUAUGUAUUGGAAGUUGUUCAAGAAAAUGGGAUUUCAGAACUGAUAAGUUAUCACAACGAUGGGUUGCCAAAGCGGAGCAAGAGAAGAUGCGUUUCUACUGAAGAUGCGGAUCCUCAGUAUAAGUUGUUCUUGGAAAGUUUGAGGGGAGAUGGAAAUUCAUAUGCACUGGAGGUUGUUAGUGAGACAGGGGUUACGGAACUGAUGCGUUAUCGGCAAGACAAUGGCUUGCGGAGACGAGUGGAGAGAAGAUCUGUUUGUAAUAAAAAGUUGGAAGACCUAAUGUUUGUUGAUAAUAGUGAGAAAUCCUUGAGUUUAGUUAAGCAUGGCAAUGAUGAGAAUGAACAUUCUGGUGAUGACAAUAGUGAUAUCAUGUCUGGGGAUGAUAGUUAUAAUGAGCACGGAUUUUCAAGUGAUGACAAUAGUCAUAUCAGGUCUGUUGAAGACGGUGAUAAUGGGAAGGACCAGUCUGGUGAUAAUAGCACUGAUGUUAAGCCUGUGCAUGAUGGUGAUAGUUGGAAUGAACAGUCUAGUGAUGACAAUAGUCAUAUCAGGUCUGUUGACGAUGGUGAUAAUUGGUUCGAACAGUGUGGUGAUGAUAAUCUUGAUGUCAAGUCUGUGCAUGAUGGUGAUAAUCGGAAUGAACAGUCUAGUGAUGACAUUGUUCAUGUUAAGUCCGUUGAUGAUGAUGUUAGGGAUCCCAAGUCCAAGUUAUUUUUGGAAAAUUUGAGGGAGGAUGAAAAUAUAUAUGCACAGGAGACUUUUCAAGAAACUGGGAUUUUGGAACCGAUAAGAUAUCACCAAAACAAUGGGUUACCAGAUGAGGCCAGUUUAGUAGCUACUGAACCUACGAAGAAUUCUCGUGUGAAACAUAAGACUGAAACUGAAAACAGGUACACUCUGGAAAGUCUAAAGGAUCCCCCAAAAAGAAAGAGUUCAGUGGUGAAGCAGAAUGCAGAAUCAGCGGCUUUAGAUCCUGCUUCUGAUAUGGAAAACAGGGUUUCCAGUAAAAGGCCUUGUCUGGAGGUUCCUAAUAAUCCAGAAGAGCUCAGUUCAGAUACUCCAGAAACUUUUAGAAGCCCUCGGGUGAAAGAGAAGCCUGUAAUAGAAAAUAGCAAUAUUCUGAAACUCUUUCAGAUAUGCCGAGAGAAAAGGAGUGCAGUGGUGAAGAAAAAGGCAAAAGUGGAAAUUACGAAUCCUGUUUCUGGUAGGACAAGAGGGCAUUCAAGGAAAAGGCCUCAUUUACAGGCUCAUAACACUUCAGAAAGUUUCAGAAGUUCAUCACUGAAAGAGAAAAUGGAAACUAAAAGAACUUUGAGGCGUAUGAAGAAAGAAAAGGUAAAGAUAGAUAGACCUAACAAGUCUGCUCAUGUUUUGAAUAAAGAAGAGACCAAGGAACCGAAGACUUUGAGGAAUGAAAGAAGUGAAUCUCUACAGAGUUUAGAGGAUCUUCAAGAGAAAAAGGGUUGUAGGAUGAAGAAGAAUGUGAAAGAGGAAGGUGAAUAUCCUUAUUCGGAUAGGACAAAUGAACUUCCUAACAAAAGACCUGGUUCAGAGGUUCUUCAUUUUGCAAAAUGUGGGUACAAUGGUUUUGCCAAGUCUGACCUCAAUGGUAAUGGUGAUGAUGAGACUGAAUCUAGUCAAACAGAUGAGAGCUAUCAAGACUUUCUAAGUGAUCUGUAUGUCAUAAAUGAUGAAGAAAUCACAUAUGCACCACAAAAUGGUAGACCAGAGUCAUAUGAUGUGGAGAUAAAAGAUGAGAAUGUGGAGAGUCUAUCAGAUUCGGAUUUAAUUGUACUGGAGAGGGAUCCAAUUGACGGAUGUCGUACCCCAAUUAAGAAGGAUUCAGACAAAGACUUGGAAAGUCCCAUCAACUUUAGGGAGGGGCUUUUGAAGGAUCUUAAACGGCCUUAUGACCAAGAAGAGCUUCUCAAGCUCUUAGAAGACUGGAGUAACCAGAGGCCUGCAAGAGGUCAUGCUAAAAAUCUUCGUAGUGGAGUAAUAAAAACGUAUGCACUGAAAGGGGAAUAUGGAAAACCAUAUUCAAUUUUGUACCAAGAUCUGGCUGAAAUGAUCAAAGCAAGUGAUCGGGAUAGAAGCUUAAAUCUCUUGCGGGGAUUCUUCUACUGGUUGAAGAAUGUUGCCCAGGACAAAAGCUUUGAGCCUUGGACUGAUGCAGAAUGUUUGAAUGUGGUGCCGCAACUGUAAACAGUAGGAUUUCUUUCAUCAUUUUCACUUUGCAGUGAAAGAUAUGAUCACUGCAAAUCAGCAAAAUCAGAUUGGUGUCAAGCUAUAUGUGAAAUUUGGUAGUAAUUUGUAGUUGUGCAUCUGCUGCUGAAUCACACAUUUUAAGUAUGUGGUUUUGGAGGUUUGGGGAAGAUAUAACCUUCUGAUCUCAGUAGCUAGGUAAUGAGAACCACGACUGCUGUUGUGUUCUUGUUGGCUUAAGAAAUGAAUGGAGCAGCAACUUCAGUAUUACUAACCACUAAUGCCAUACUGGUUUUAUGGUGUGUGUUACCGUCUGUUUAAUAUCAAGGACGGAAACUUCAUUAUUUGUCUAUUUAUCAAAUGUCUACCGGUAUUUAAGUCCAUAUUCAUGAAGUGAGGUUAACGAAACAUUUUCAAGUCAUGAGUCAUGACAUGCAAGGGAAUUGGAUUAGGCUAAUCAUUCUCUUUCACUUCAAGAACUUUUACCUUUUAGCCUCAAUCAAAAUGAAACCUGUCAAAGAAAAAGGUGUCUUUGAAUCUAAUGAUUCAUUCUCAUAGCAUUGACUUGUGUAUCUUAAUGAUACUAUCCUUUGGCUCAUAUACAGAUGUUACACAUGAAUGUACAAAAGGUUUCCUUCUUCUUGGCUCCAAAAAGAAACUCAAACCUUGUCAACUAUACUUACUCCCUGAUCCAUUACAUAAACUGCUGUUCAG